AUUUGUUUCAACCCAAUUAUCCCAAAGAGAUGGAAAAAAAAAUCUUUUAAACGCACAUCAUUACCUCAUGAAUAUCUCGAGCAAAACUCCUUCCUUUUCACUCUUUCUCUUUCUCCCUGUUAUUUUUAUCAUUACUUCAAUCGAUUGUUCAUUCCAACUGACGUUUAUUCAUCGUUUCAUUGAUUCAUCUCCUUCCUCUCCCCUCCUUUCCUCUCCCCUUCCACUCAUCAUAACUUAACCCUCCAUGGACUUUAAACAAGCUACUCUCAAAAAAGCUACUGUCUCCACAUUGCCUCUAUGGGCCGAAGUAGAACGGGGCUCGCAGCAACAUCAACAGCAACAAUCCUCUUCCUCACGAUUGGAAGAAUUACCAGAAGAACAUGACCAAAUUGCUGUUGAUCUCUCACCAGAUCAUGUUUCAACACCACCUCUGCAACCCUUCUCCAAGGCAUCAUCAUCCACUUCUGCUUCCUCAGGAGAACAUUCAAUUUCAAGUACUCAACCACUCAACAACCAUAAAGACGGCGGUAAUACUACCAAAACUGCUCACAAUGGCGAUCGUAGUGUCGAUACCGGUUCAUCGUCAGCUCGCGUUACAAAGCCCACUAUACCACUUUAUUCCACUUCAUCAAUCAGAGCCAGUCAACAACAGGACUGGUCAGUCUUUGCAACUAUGAGCAAUGUAUCUACCAUAUCUAGCAUCCCAAGCAAAUAUAAAGGAACACUUAGUCCCAAUAACACUAUCAACUCUGGUGCUAAAGAUUCAAAGUCCACAGAGCCUAACAGUGGCUCUAUGCCCACUUUACGGAGCAUUCCGCUCAAACUCGACGAGCUCUUCAAGUUUUCUAAACCGGCUGGGCGUACAUCCAUUGAUGAGGAUAGGAAUGAAGAUAGGAUCUGUACUUGUACUUGUCCAGAACACGGACGCACGGGAAACAGUGACGGGAUGUUGUCUGCAAGGACAUCAAAACGUCGACAAAAGGAGUGUAGAGAAAAUAUGCGUGGCUAUCCUUCGGGUCAAUGUACAUCAACAACGCCUCCUGAGCAUACAAGCUGGGACGAAAAGGGAGCAGAGUUACCGCUUACUCAUGAGCUAAGCACAGCCGCCAAGAACACAGCUUUCAAUAUUGAGGCCAUGAAGGCUUUCCUGAACUCACCCUUGUUCUCUAAUAUCCUGAAGUCCUUGACAAUCAUUGCUGCAGUCUCUCUUUUCGCAAUUGCUUUGGAUGCGAUCGUUAUUUUGGUCAAAACACCCGAGCAAGAGACACAUUUUUCAAAUGACAAUACUGCCUUAAUUAUCACCGUGAUUUUGUCCCUGAUGACGAUCGCCUAUUCAUGCUUUACCAUUUUCUUGGAAUCUAGACGUCCACCUGAAGGAUUGGAUUCAUCUAGUUCAAAACCACUGUUCGUCAUUUUCUCGGAGAUCAUUGCCUCUAUAAUCUGGGCCCAAAUUUUGAGCAUAACAAUCUAUAUCUACAUCUGGACCUAUGGAUGUACUGCCGCGGGUGAACGUCAAUUACAGAGGCUUUGGAAGCAGGAUUUUGCAGAUCAGCAUUUAUCGGGCAUGCUAUGCCGGCGACAUGGUGCUAUGGUCGGCUUGGAGCUUUUGUUAGUUCUGUUGCUUAUUUUCAACUUCUACACACAUCUGGCCCUAAACUUCAAGUUCAUCCGUGCUGUCUCUUAUUAA